UGUAUCUCACACAUGCGCAGAUGAAUUUACCGCCGAUCUUCUCAAGCACUGAAGCUCGAGGAAAACAAGGAAAGAAACCAUGAAUCGCCAGAAACUUAGAAAGGGUAUUGUUCGAUCUUCGGUAUUUUUAGCCAGUCAACAUUGGCAGUAUUCAGAAAACGGCUUUCAUCGUAUAAACCAGCUACCAGAACACAUUGUGGAAGACAUUGGAGAUGGAUCGGGUGUACCAGAAGUUAUUGUAGAGUUAGAUCAGUACAGCGCACAAAUGAACGGGGAAGAUGAUGUGUGCAUGGAAAAUCUAAAGACAUUGCUGGGGAAUUUGAUGAAUUUUGAGCCACGAAGAAGUCAGGAUGAUGCCACGGCAGAUGAAGAACAAAACAAAUACGCUGCUCAGUUCCUGCAGCAUGGAGGAGUGGAGGUCUUGAUAAGGAUUCUGAUGUUCAACACCCUCUUCCCUCAGUCAAGCAAGAAGCCUAAAGUAGGGUAUUGUGAAGCAGAAGUAGUCCUCAGGAUUAAAAGUUUGGUUCUGGAAAUCCUGACCAAGUUUCAUGUCACUUCCAUUGGGGAACAAGUGACCGCUAUCCUGAUGGCAGACGAUGAGGUUCUAAAUUAUGUGUUCACUCUGUUAGCACACCAGAAAACAUUUAUCAAUGCCUGUCAGCUGAUUGAAGACAUGCUACAAUCCAGGAGGGAGGUCCUAGAUCUUCACAGAAUCAAGAAUAUUCGCCCCUUGAUCCAAUCAUUGACUGACCAGCAGCUGGCUAACUUCUGUCGCAUACUUGCUGUUGCUAUAUCAGAUCUAGAUAUCUACGAAAACAAAUCCUCAUUAUUUGCACAGAACAAACAGAAGAGAACAAAGGGAUUUGUAAAUGUUAGAGACAUCAAUCAAGAGCUACUUUUAGGAAUUCCUGAGUUGCUUCCUCGACUUGUCAACUUAGCAGUAUCGAGAGACUACACUCCCCGGUACAGAGGAAUGGUCAGUGAGCUGGACUGUUGGAUGGAGUGGAUUCAAAUGGCUGAGGAAAUGUACGACAGUCCCUCAAUGGAUGACUUAGAGGACUUUAUUGGAGGUAUAUCAGAGCCCACUACUGCUGGAGGUCCUAUGAAUCAACAACAAGGACUGAAGAUAACAGAGGAGCUGGUACAGAGGGUGGAGGUGGUCUAUGUACUGGGACUGUUCCUUUUAGGAAAACACAGAAAAAAGGUUCAAAGAAAGUUGGCAGAGUUGAAGUUAGCUCCAGGGUUGAGUGAGUUGUUUGACCAGUUCAUCUGGAAAUGUCAAGUAAGCAGAUACAGUAGUCGUCAUCGCCUGAGGGGACAUAAUGCGGCGUGUGAAUGCAGUCCUGAAGUAGCUCUGAAGAUCCAGUUCCUUAGAUUGGUCCACAGCUUUUGUGAUCACUCAGACUACAAGCACCUGCUCCUGUCUAAGAAUGAGUUAAAUGAAGUUGUCAGAAUUAAUACCAAAGCAGGAUCUCUAGCACUGUCUAAUCUUUCCUCUGUAAACAAACAGUUGAUGUGUAAGGGCAGUAAAGGGCUACUGACAAAAAUUGUGGAGGUGAUGAAGAAGGAACCAACGACAUCCACAUUCCGAUUCUGGCUGGCCCGAGCGGUGGAGAGCUAUCUCCGUGGUAACACGUCCUACUGUGAUCAAGUGUUUCUGAUGAGGCGUGGCCUCCUACAGCACGUAGCCUCCAACAUUGUGGAACAUGAAAUCAGACACAAAGAGAUUCUGCAAAGUAGUUUUGAUUUACUUGGAGAGCUAAUUAAAUUUAAUGUAGAAGCUUUCAGAACUUUUGAAGAAAUUCUGCACACCCAGCCAAAUUUUGACAAAUUCAUCAACACAGUCAACAGAAACCUAGUGGACUCCAACAUGUUUAUACGUAGUCUGGUUCUCUCCCUUGAACACCUGAUGAAUGAAGAAACAGCAUUCAUGGAUUAUGCCAAGAAAGAGAACAAGUUAUUGAUGUACAUUGGUGACUUCAACAGACAGCUGGACUAUCUGUACAAACUCAUCAAAAUUAUCAAUGUCCAAAACCUCACACAGGAAAAUGUGAGUUGCCUGAACACGACCUUGGUGUUCUUGAUGUUCGCCAAUCGUAAGAAUGCCCUGCCGAGGUACCUCCAGGCACUGAGAGACGAGAAGGAGGAUGUGAUGGAAGUCAGUGGAGCCGCCAACCUCCUCCGCAACUUCAGGGAGCUUUUGGUUUUCUGGCAGGAUCAUUACCUUCACAAAGACAAAGACUGCAGUGCUCUGGAGAAGAGUUCCCGAAUAAGUUUUGACUACUGGAAGUCUACAGUAUGUACUCUAGUCACAACAGACAAAAACGAUAAGUGUGGAAUCCUUCAUUAUGUUCAGGAACCAAUGAAGUGUGACCGACCUAAUUAAUCAUUGGACUGUGACAAACCUCUUCAUUCUUGGUUGUCCUGGGACAGACUGUAUGGGCAUUAGGACCACUUUGUACAGAAUGUCUUCUCACUGGAAGGCUCUUAUGCGGGUAAUUAGAGUCAAGUGUCAAAAGUUGCUUCAUUUGUGCAAUUAGUUUCAUUUCGGUUUAACCUUGUGCAAUGACAUAGGGAGACAGACACCUGGAUGGAAGCAUGUGCAAUAUUCGGACCACAUGGUGGUGCAAGUUGUGUGUUGAAUGAUCAAAACUGGUUCUUCAUCUUAUGAAACCCAGCCCAGUUUGUGUGAGAGAAAUGAUCUUCCUUUUUCUGUUGGCCAUGACUGAUUGUGAAAUUUUUCAUGUAUUUUCAACUGUUGGAUGUGAUGAGUAAAUAGCAAGAAUGGAUUUUUUGAAGUAACACAAUGUGUUCAUUUUUUUGUGAUUUGAAGACACUUUGAGUGAUGGGUAAUCUCUUCCUUUGAAGAAACAGGAUGGAAUCAGGUUAUUUUAUUCCUGUCCUACAAGUGAAAGGAAGAAGGGUUUCAAUGCUUUUAAAAAAAUGUUUUAGCUUUUAAAAUUAUAUUAUUCAAAUGCUUGUGGAACUGUUGUGUUUCAAAGCUAAGAGCAUUCUUAUUUCUUGUGUUUCUCAAUUUCAGUUGUUGUAAAUGAUAUAUGUCUUAAUUUAUUCACACAUGUAUGUAUAUUUCUGCACAAAAUAUUUUGUGAGUGAGAAGUGUAUAAAAUUCUAGAUAUUUAUUGAGUGAUUGAGUAGCUUGUAUGAUUGUGUUUGUUUUACAAGUAUUUCAUCACCAACUGUAUAUUUUUUGCAUUUUUUCAUAUAUUUUUAUUCAGUUUUGUUGCAAUGUAAAUUUCCUGGUACCGGUAAUAUGUAAAAAAUAACAGGAACUUGUAUUUUGGAUGCAGUAUGGAAAUGGAAUUUCUAAUAAAAAAUUAAACCUGUAGAUCACUAAGCAAAAGAAGAUUUCAAAA